CUUGAAUCGUAAACAAUAAUAAAUUAAUUCGUAAAAAUUGAAAAACGCGUCGGAAAAUAAUUCUGAAAAUCUCACGCGAGUAUCGGAAUUGCAAAGAAAACCAUCAUUUUCAAAUUUUCACGAAAAUUUUAAGCCUUCAUCCAUUAAAGAAGUCGAAAAAAAAGAAAAUUUUAAACUUGAACGACAUCAUUAAUGGAUGACGCCUUAGAUUUCGGACUCUCAAAGUGAAAAUGCUCUCGAGUCGGCGCAGUGGCGUAAAUCACAUGAAAAUUUGUGGAAACUCCGUGUAGAGAGCGAAGAAAAACUUGUGUCCUGUGUCACAGAGAACGAAGACGACGAAGAAAUUGUGCGAAAAAAGUGAAAAAGUAAACUGAAAAAAAUCCAAAAAAAAAUUGUGAAAAGUCUCAAGAGCCUCGAGAAAACGCGAGAAUCGACAAAAUAAAGGAAAAUACGGAAAAAUAACGCGAAAAAAUAGUGAAGCUACGACAAAUCGAUCGCAGAGAGAUAAAAAAAAUAAAAGAAGAACGUAAAAGAAAAAUAUAAAGAAAAAUAAUGUUUUCGGGAAUCACAAAUCAAUUUACGAAUCUGCUCGGCAAGACUGGAGCAGAAGGUGCUGAACAAGCUGGCGAAGCUGGCGCGGAAACAGCAGCUCCAGCAGCUGAAAAUGUCGCCACAGCUGCAGACACAGCCGAAGCAGGUGGCGAAGGUGCAGAAGGUGCUGCAAAGGCAGGCGGUGUUUUCUCCGGCGUGUCAUCCAAAGUCGGCGGUUGGUUGAGUAAUGCUCCAUCGAUGCCCGCGAUGCCAGCGAUGCCAAAUAUCUCGAUGCCGAACAUGCCUUCGAUGCCAUCAGUAUCCAUACCGGGCUUGCGGAAAACACAAACGCAAGACGAAAGCGCCGGAGUCGCCAACGAAGGACUGGAGGGCGUACAACCCACAGAACGCACAGAGGGAGCCGACGAUGAUGACAGAUCGAGGUACAUUAGACCGCAUGAAAGCGCUACUGGCGGAGCUGACUCGCGUCCCUUGUCUCCCACACAAUUAGAAGCUGAUGCUGAAGCUGGCGGUGUCGGAAAUGUUAUUAAAUCAAAAGGCCUUAGUUUAUUUAAAAAUUUCCAAAAAGAAGUAUCUCAAGUAGAUGUUAAUGAAGUUACUACAAAGGUAACAGCUGGUGCCAAAUCAUUUGGUUCAUUCUUGUUCUCUGCCGCUACGAAAGUCGGUGACAAAGUUAAGGAAUCUGUUGUGCAUAAUCCAAUUUUGGAUAAAUUCAACAAAGAGCAAGACGCCUUCAUCAAGAGUCAAGGCGGCGGCGCAUCCGGAGGCUUGCCAUGGGAAGGACAUCAGGCUGCCGACAAAAUUAAGGAAGAAAUAUUGGCAUUGUCAGCUGACCGACGUAACUUCGUUAGAGCUCCACCCGCUGGCAUUGAAUACGAAUUCAACUAUGAUCAGUCAUAUCCAGUUGCUUUAGCUAUCAUGAAUGAAGAUAAACAGUUAGAGCAAAUGCGAUUUGAGCUCGUACCUAAGAUCAUCACCGAGGAGAACUUCUGGCGCAACUAUUUCUACCGCGUGUCACUAAUAGUUGAAGCUGGCGACUUAGGAACCUUGGGUAGCGAAAACGAAUUCACUAAACGUGCAUCUUCUGACGAAGAUCCAAAAGACAAAAUUGAACCAAAAGUGCCUGAAAAAGACAGCAAUAAAGAAAUCUCAAGUGCAAAACAAACGAAUGCCAAUAAACGCGAUACCUCCGCAAAUAAUAGCAAGAAAAAAGACAAGAAAGCGAAACGUGUAAGCGAGUCGGAAUUCGUCUCAGACACAUUGCAAACGAACGAGGCGGAUCUCGAUGAAGUGAAAGAGGGCAUGAAGAAAUUAGGUAUCGAUUCGUUGGCAAAGCAGGCACUUGAGACCAAUAAAAAUGAAGAACAAUGGGAAAAGGAUCUGGAAGCCGAGUUACAAGACUACGAAGUGGUUAAUGAUGGCAACGACAAAGUCAAUUGGGAAAAGGAUGUCGAAGAACUUCUCGAGGAAGAGGAUUUAAAAUAAACUUUUUUUUUUCGUAAAACUUAAUUUUAAUUAAUUAUAAAUAUAUGUAUAAAAGAGCAAAAAUACAAUCAGGGAUAAAUGGCCUGAAUUUGACUUUUUUCUUAUAUUUUUUUUUUUAUUUUUUUGUGAAUAUUUUAAACAAACAAAAAUAUUGAACACCGAUUCCCCAAAAAAAGAUAAAAAUAUA